UGCAAGAUGUCCGGACGAGGUAAAGGAGCAAAAGCAGGAAAAAGUACAAGCAAAACAAGGUCUGCUCGAGCUGGGUUGCAGUUCCCAGUGGGAAGAAUUCAUCGGUUCCUUCGUAAAGGAAAUUAUGCAGAACGGAUUGGAGCAGGAGCGCCGGUUUAUCUUGCAGCCGUUUUGGAAUAUCUUACUGCAGAAGUGUUGGAACUUGCGGGUAAUGCCGCCCGCGACAACAAGAAAUCCCGUAUCAUCCCACGCCAUUUGCUGCUCGCGGUACGAAACGAUGAAGAACUAAACCAACUUUUGAGCAACGUGACCUUCGCUGAUAGUGGAGUGCUGCCUAAUAUCCAGGCUGUGCUGCUUCCUAAGAAAACUGCGUCUAAGUCUGGCGGCUCAAAAUCGAGUAACUCCAGUCAAAGUCAGGAGUAUUAGACGGAGUGACAGUGUACAAUGAAAAUGCGAAUAUGUAACUGUUGGAGACUUCCUUUGUAUUUAUAGUUUCUAUGAUUUAUUAGUUUGCAUAAAA